AUUUAUUUAAUAAAGAGUAUAGCCGAGCGCAACCAUCCUCUGUAGCGUAGAGUCAUAGACACUGAAGCCAGUCCACUGUGAAUCUCCAAAGCUCGAGAAGAAGCAACGAUGUCAAAGCUGGGUCUUCUUCGAACCUCAAUCAUGUCAAGCCUCUCCGUCCGUACGUCCAUGGCGCAAAACCUCGGCCUCACUUCGCUUCUGCGCGAACCGGUGAGACGGUUUUCGACGGAAGCCGAAAACCGGCUUCAGGACUCUUCAACGUCCAAUCAGCCGCUGGAGUCUUCGCCGUCCGAUAAACCUCAGAAGUCUUUGCCAUCCGAUAAGCCUCAGGAGUCUUCGCCGUCCGAAUCAUUUUUCGAAACCCCAAGCACAGGAUCGGUGUAUGGGAAGCUGCUUGGAAUCAAAAGGAAUACGCUGAAGACAGACGUCGUGAAUUUGCUGGAAGGCUGUAAUUUGAGUCUGGAUGAUGUUAAAAUGGAUUAUAAUCGGUGGUUUACGGCGAUGGGAAUGUUGGUGCAAUUCCCGUCUCGGCAAGCCUAUGAUAACGCAAUGAGGGUGAUUGGCAAAAAGGGUCGCCUGUUUAAAUUGGAGAGGGCUAAUCGAGCGGAAUGGGACUCUCUUACUCCCCAUGAUGGAAAAACGGUUUUAUUGCAAGGAAUCCCUCCUAAUGCAGUUCCAGAAGAUGUAGAUCGUUUUCUGUCUGGUUGUGAAUAUGAUUCGUCUUCCCUCCAAUUAAGUUUCAGACCUUCCCAAGAGCCCACUAAAUGGGCAACUGUUCGCUUUCGUACUCAAACUGAGGCAAUGAAUGCAUUCGACGAAGAUAUUUCUGAAAACACUUUAAAUGGACUUGCCUGCUGUUACCAGGUUUUAUUGCAAGGAAUCCCUCCUAAUGCAGUUCCAGAAGAUGUAGAUCGUUUUCUGUCUGGUUGUGAAUAUGAUUCGUCUUCCCUCCAAUUAAGUUUCAGACCUUCCCAAGAGCCCACUAAAUGGGCAACUGUUCGCUUUCGUAGUCAAACUGAGGCAAUGAAUGCAUUCUUUUUGAAGAACAAAGGCUUCUGCCUGAAUGGUGAAGUUUUGAUGCGUGUUCUCCAGUAACAGUUUCUGCUUUCUUGGUUCCCUUUGUCAGGAGCAUUGCUUUGAGACAUGAUAAAAUGAGGAUAGGAUUUUGUAGUAUCAUCUGAACUCGGUAUAUGCUGUUA